AUGGAGUGCGCAGCACUUUGCAUGCUCGCUGCCACUGUUGGCUUUGUGCCAUCGUCAGAUACACAUCGGUGUUCGUAUUGUGUUGAAGCACGGUCGACGUACUCGGAUUGUUUCGACGACGUCAUCGAGUGCGCAUAUCGGGAUCCAAGCUCCUUAAUUUUCUGCCUUAACGUCUACGAACAUGCCACGUAUAUGUUAAUCCACGAAUUACCGUCCAACAUGUUCAGGUCUUCCAUGGUGCACUACUCGGCACGAUGCUUAUCGUACGAAAAAUUUUAUGUACCUGACGAUACCAUCAAGAAGAUAGGAGCGAAUGGAAUGUGCAAAUUUGCGGAUGUACAAUCAUGUGAAUGCGAUGUCUGUAAAACUCAUACGACAGCUACAGUUUCAACGACGACGGUCCUGUACGUUUUAAAUAAAAUGUGA